UCAUUUGUCCCGAAUUCUGUUUCUGUCCCUAUGCUGCCCUUACCAGAGAGAGGCGUGGCACGCACAUGGAACGCGGAAGCGCACACGUUCCCCUCACUGGCAAACUGAUCUGAGCACAAUGGAGGAGAAUCGAACAGUAAAUAGAUCGUGGCGGAAAGUUCUGCUCUUCUGGUUGCCAGAGGUCACUCUUACCCCCGGCUCUACUCUCACCGUAUUACUAUCCUUGGCGGUAUCGGCACCGGCACUAACAAGUGGGGCAGGUGCUGAAAGUAAACUUGACUUGGACGCCGAAGUGCUGGGGAGCCUCUCGGUCCACAGAUUGAUCACAUAUAUUUAUUUCCAUGAAGAUCUACCAACAUUGGUGUGCAGUUGCCUGAUCAUUUGGUAUUUUGGCGCCGGUUUUGAAGAGAAUGUUGGCACAGUGAAGUUUUGUUACCUCACACCACUAUUUGCUGUAGGCAGUGGACUUCUGUAUCUGGCUGUCCUUGCCACAGGCAUCAACCUUCAAGUGGAUGGAAGAGUUCAAGGAUUUACUGCAGUCGCUUUUUCUAUGCUGAGCAUCUUUAUCAUGUGCACCAGUCUGAAGCGCCUGGUAUUCUUUGGGUUCAUGGUGCGCACAAAGGUGCUGCCGCUGUUGUUUCUGGUACUUGCACUCUUCGUACCUCACGCUCCUCUGCUCAGUAAUGUUUGUGGCAUCCUGGUUGGUGUCAUUUAUAGUUUGGGUGGCUGCUUUUUUCUGGAUCCUUCAGAGUCCAUGUUGUCCCGAGUAGAUGAAAUGUGGCCAUUCAGGGUGUUGCAGCGCAUCCCGUUUUGGAGGUACAUCCCUGCAUCUUCAGCUGAGAGAAAUGCUUCCCAAACCAGAAAGCUAAACCCGCCACCUGGAUCCUACCCCACUCAGCAGUACUACACUCCACCUCAAGGCCUGAAUGACACCUACUCUCCAUAUCACCACAUGAAGCCUGCGGUAAUGUGGCCACCUGCUGGUGUCUCUACCUACCCAGUGGGAGCAGCUCCUGGGGUGUAUCACCAUGAGAAUCAUGUCUGCUCAGGAGGACAUGGACACAGUCACAGUGAUGUUGGAUUUUCUUCAAAUAACUAUGAAGCCAGUUUGCAAAAGGGCUUUGAAAGUUCUCCAGCUCAGCCAGAAUUACUGCAAGUACAGACGCAGUGAAAUGAUGGCUUUGGAAUUUCAGUCAUGCUUCCAUAUUGGUUGCAGAGUUUACAAUGGAACAUCAUCACGUCAUGAACUACAACUUUCUGUGUGUAUAAGUAAUGCUAUGGGCUGAAGGAGUUGGUGUUUUCUUGUGUGUGCCUAAUACCUAAUUUCAUGUGGAAUACAUGUACAAUUCUAUACCAAUAAUACCUGGCACGUCAUGAAAUGAUACUCAGACCUUACUGCUGGUACUCUUACCAAUACUACCUUCAAUGGAAUUAUUUUGCCAGUGGUAGUAAUCAGAGUAUAAGCCCAUAGUACUUAUGUUAUGUGCAAAACAAAGUGACUGAACAAUUCCAGUUUACUCAGGUGUUGUGUGUGUUGUGCUACAUAGAAUAACACGGUAUAAUACUCUAAUUCCUUUGAGAAACUUUUUUUUGCUUUUAAACAUUAAAGCAGCAAUCCCACAUAAAGUUUUAUUUAAAUCGCAAGCUAGGGGCCCAAUUCAGAGGUGGAAAGACUGAUAACUUUCGUACAUUUGCAAUGUUUGUGGGACUGCGCAUGUGCAGAACGAAACCUGUGAGAUCACAUGCAGUGCCCCCAUGAUGGGCCAUGUUGGAGUGGGGUGGCACUGCCUGCAUCUCCAGAAAACGGGGGCAUCAGCCCUGGAUUAUGUGUGUGGGAAGGCCAGUGUCUGUGUCUUCUGAUGCAGAGUUACUAGUCUCACAAGUUGCCAACCCUGCGAUGGUGAUCCAGUGCUGUAUUUCAGACGCCUCCUGCAGCAUUGGCAUAUUUUGCAGAGCGAUUGUGUCUGAAUCAUUCCUGAAGUGCCUUUCAAGCAUGUAUUUUCUUAACUACCUAACAAAUCAUGAUCUCCUUUCAAAGUCUGUGUGUUGGGCAAACAGAAAUAUAGACACAAUGUACUACACAGGCACAGGCUCUCGGUAAAGAAGGAAGAAGGCUGAUAUCACAAAGCAGUCUGAAAUUACAGGGGCAUUCCAAAGAGAUCAAUAUGAUAUCCCGGCAGUCAGGAGACCGAUACCGGGAUCCCGGCAGUCAGGAGACCGAUGACGGGAUCCUGGCGGCGAGCGCAGCAUGUUCCCUCGUGGGCUCACUGUGCUAGCCUCGCUUCGGGCCUGGUGGUGACCUUGGCUUGCCACAGGGCUAUAUUCGCCCUCUGAGGGUGGCGUGGACCACCGACCAAGUGGGGAUUCCAGCCGGCGGUCGGGAUUCCAACCGUUGGUAUUUCACCAGCUGUUGGGAUUCCGGAGUCAGCAUCCUGACAGCCGGGAUCCCGACAGCCGGUAAAUUGACGGCCUCCCAUUCCAAAGCCUCUCUGCUCACUACAUCAUGUGGCAUGCAGGCGUGGUUGCUGUGAUAGUCCAGAAUCAUAGAUAGUAACUUGAAGAAUAGAACAAAACAAGGGAAAUGAUAGAUACUAAAAUUGUUCUUAAAACAUUUUUUACUGAUUUAUGUAAAAAAAAAAAAAUCUUUCAUGGGAUUACUGCUUUAAGGGGUGAGGUAAUAGCUGAGCUCUGCGUGCCAUAUUGUUAGAGACUGUUCAUUAUAUGCUAUUUUAGCACUGAUUUAGUUUGUACUUUUAUUACCGACUUCGCUCCUGACACCAAACAAUUCUCAGUGGGCAGCUACCUUGUUCACUUGUGAUAUUUAUGUGAAAUAUAUAUUUGUAUAUUCUAAUGGACUCUUAAAUGAAAUCUUAUUUUCUCUAACGUCCUAGAGGAUGCUGGGACUC